AUGUCGGCCUCACCGUUGGUUGUUCGCGCGACUGAUGCGCUGAAGCCGGCAGGCUCAAUAGGCUCGCCCUUUCGAAAUGUUUCAUCCGCCCAGGCCUCUGCCAACGGCACUCCUCAGCCGCCAAAAGACAAAGGAGUUACGUCUGCAUCCUUGCCUCCCACCCUCGAUCUCGCUGAGCAGAUGAACGAAGAGGAAAAGCGUAAAUAUGUCAAAGGAAAAAAACUAGGUGAAGGUACCUACGCCAUCGUAUUCCUCGGUCAUAUGCGCUCCGACAAAUCCUCACUCGUUGCCAUCAAAAAGAUCAAGGUCCAAAAGGAAUACCAAGAAGGCAUGGCACCUGACGCUGUUCGAGAACUCAAGCAUCUCCAAGAACUCCAACACCCCAAUAUUAUUUCUCUUCUCUCCGUCUUCUCCUCCAAAGAUCAGAACCUCAACCUUGUCCUCGAGUACCUCCCCCUUGGCGACCUUGAGAUGCUUAUUAAGGACACGGCCAACGUUCGUUACGGUGCCGCAGACAUCAAAGCCUGGAUGGGGAUGCUAACCCGCGCCGUUUGGUUCUGCCACGAGAAUUUCGUUUUGCAUCGCGAUAUCAAACCCAAUAACUUGCUGAUUGCUGCCGAUGGCGAAGUUAAGCUUGCCGAUUUUGGUCUCGCAAGAGGGUUCGCCGACCCGCAUCAGGUGAUGACGAAUCAAGUCAUCACACGUUGGUAUCGCCCGCCAGAGCUGCUCUUCGGUGCCAAGCAUUACAGCGGCGCCGUUGAUGUUUGGAGCGUGGGAUGCGUGUUUGCAGAACUCAUCAUUCGCGCGCCGUACAUGCCUUCAGAGACAGAGGUUCAACAGAUUUCGUUGAUUUGUCGUGCUGUUGGCACACCAACAGAGGACAACUGGCCGGGCGUCACCAAGUUACCAGCCUACACAGUACCUGAUGACGGAGAGCCUGUCAAGGGAAAGGACUUCUAUCAAGCCAUGUUUGGUACUGUAGGUUCCGAGGGUGUGGAUUUGCUCAUGAAGACACUUAUUCUGGACCCCAAGAAACGCAUUACUGCUAAGGACAUGCUGCGACACAAUUGGUGGCGCACUGAGCCCAAGCCUUCGCGCAAGGAGGAUCUCCCCAAGAAGGACGGUGGUGAGGACAAGAUGAACGCGGAGAAGAAGCGACCUGGCUUGGUCGACGAGGACCGAGGCGCCAAGGUUGCGCGGAAGCUGGAUUUUGGACAAAGAUAA